AGUCAGGAAAAGUUUAUCUACAUAGGAAAAAUUCUUCGAAUUAUUCCUCAUCAAAUGAGCAACAAAAUUAUCAAACAGUUGGAAAAUUUCAAGAUCUCAACUUUCCUCGGAGUCUAUUUGAGGAUACUAAGUUAGACCUAAAACUACUAUCGUCGUCAUCAUCAUCGCCAUCAUCAUCAUCAUCGGGCUAUAAUCAUAGCGUGUGCACCCUUGAAAAAGUAAAAUUUGCUUUAGAAAGGGCAGAGAAGGAAUCAUUAAAGAGGAAGCGCUCCGUAUCAGAAUCAGUACUACUUAUGUCCAUCACAUCAUCUCCUACUUCAAAUUCCUCAAUAUCAUCAAUCAAGGAUACAGAUAAUAUUACUGAUCAUGACAUGACUUCGUUCGCGAAUUCAUCAUUUGCUGCUGGUUGUCCAAGUUGUCUCCUUUAUGUGCUGAUAUCAAGGACUAAUCCUAGAUGUCCGCGAUGCAAUAUAAUUGUUCCAUCACCUGUACUUAGCAUGAAAAAACCUCGUAUUGACCUUAACAUAUCCAUGUAAACGUGAAGUCAUGGGAAGAACAACCACUGAGUUACGAUGAUUUUUGUAAAGAUAUAUAUAGAGAGAGAUACAUAGUCUUGUAAGUUACAGAACAUGAUAUAUUUAUAUACACAUAAGAUAUAGCAAAGAGAUUAUGUCAGCCCUUACUUUAAUUUUGUUGGUACGUAUAGAUGUAUGCUUGAUCAUUAUUCGGUUGGUUGGCACAAAUGUAACUCUAUUUUUGGCCUCUCCUGUUAUGGGUGAACUAUUCCUUUUUAGUA